AUGCCUGUGUUUCAGCAUGUCCAUAGAGAAAAGGAGAUCACUCAAGAUCAAAUCAAUGCUGGAAAUAAAAUAAUGCAAAUAUUAAUAGAUGCAGAUGUGAACGAAGACGGGCGUUUAUCAAAGGAAGAGAUCAAGAAAGCUCUAAAGAAUUUAGGUGCCUACUUUCCUGGAUGGAAAGCAGACCGUUGUCUGAAGAAACUUGAUCGCAACGAAGAUGGCCAAAUUAAUGAUGACGAAAUUGACGAUUUAGUUAAUUACCUUGUUGGCCAAGGUUUUGGAAAGUAG